UCCACUUCCUCCCUCCUUGCAAUCUGCUGUUCUGGUACCCACAUUUGCCCAUCCGUCCCUGCUGUUUGCCUUGGCCUGACUUCCCUUUGCCUCGGGCUCCGUCCUCAGCCACGGGUCCAGAGCCAUGCAAGCCAUCAAGUGUGUCGUGGUGGGAGACGGGGCUGUGGGAAAAACCUGUCUCCUUAUCAGCUAUACCACCAAUGCCUUCCCAGGAGAAUACAUCCCCACUGUGUUUGAUAACUAUUCUGCCAACGUGAUGGUUGACAGCAAGCCUGUAAAUCUGGGACUUUGGGAUACUGCUGGACAAGAGGAUUAUGACAGGCUGAGGCCACUCUCUUACCCGCAGACGGAUGUCUUCCUGAUCUGCUUCUCCCUCGUCAGCCCAGCAUCUUACGAAAACGUCCGUGCUAAGUGGUUCCCCGAGGUGCGGCACCACUGCCCAAACACUCCCAUCAUCCUCGUGGGCACAAAGCUGGAUCUCCGUGAUGACAAGGACACCAUAGAGAAGCUGAAGGAGAAGAAGCUAUCCCCCAUAACAUAUCCUCAGGGUCUUGCUCUGGCCAAAGAAAUAGACUCUGUGAAAUACCUCGAGUGCUCGGCUUUGACGCAGCGUGGCCUCAAGACGGUGUUUGACGAGGCCAUCCGAGCAGUCCUGUGCCCGCAGCCCACCCGGACAAAGAAACGGGCAUGCAGCCUCCUCUGAGCAAAUCCCGGCCUUGUCCUGAUGCCAGGUGCUGCCCAGCACACAGGAGAGUGAAGGCUCCAGCAACCCAGAGCUCAGCACCUUGGGGCGGUCAUUGCUUUUUACUUCUGCCAGCUUGAAAGACUGCUGUGGGUCUGUAGCACUGGUUUGUCUGUUUGCACAACGUCCCUGCUCUCACCUCGCCUGCCCACCUGCCCCUUCCCUUCCUCCCAGGCCCCUGAGGUUACAACGUAGUGAAUAACACCCAAUAAACAGACUGUACAUUCUU